AAACCAAAUUUCCUAGAGAGUCCACUGAAAAACUUUACAACAACAGGAACACACCAUCUGAAGAAGGUAGAAGAGUAAACACCAGCAACCUGGGAGAGCUCACGCCUCACGGUGAAAUUUGGUGUUACUCAUCAUGGAAACUUCAGAUAAAGAGUAUGCUGCUUUUGGAGAGAAAGUGAAACGUACUAUAUUCAUUGACAACCUUUCACCUGUGGCUACUGAAGCUGUUGUUAAAGCUGCUCUUGAUCAAUUUGGGAAUGUUAUUCAGGUCAAGUUUAUCCCAAACUACCUUGAACCAAAGAACAUUGGACAAGCUGCAUUGGUUGAGGUGGAAAAUGCAGACCAGACGAAAACUAUUAUCUCUGAGUUAAGCAAUUCCCCGUUUAUGAUAUGUGGUAUGCCAAGGCCAAUCAGGGCACGUGCUGCUGAAGCAGAGAUGUUUGAUGACCGUCCUAGAAAACCUGGUCGUAAGAUAGUAUGCCGAUGGUUGGACUCUAGCGAUCCGGAUUUUGAGGUGGCCAACAAGAUCAAGCUUACGGUUAGAAAACAGGCAGAGGAAUCCAAGUUUUUGCUCAAGCAUCAACUGGAGGAGGAAGAAAAUCUUUCGAAGAAACAGACGGAGACCUUGAAUGCAAGCUAUAAGAAGUUUGAAAUCAUAGAAAGUGUUGUUAGCAACAGAGUCGCUACACGGUUGGCAGAACGUUACAGAGUGCGUGUUGCAGAUGCUGAGCAUUAAGCUCAUUGUUCGAAUACUUUGCACAACAAACUAGCAUAGACCUAAAGAUUCAACUUCUAGGCGAUUGACAUGUUUUGCUUUUUAUGAAGAUCAUAUUUCAGGCAGUAGAGUUGAAUCUAUAAAACCCUGUGUUCACUUGAUCAUGAAUUGUAAUUUGGCCUAAAUUUACUUAAUUAUGUUUCAAGUAAACCUGCAGGAAAUUAGCUUAUAUCUAAUUAUCUAAGAA